AUGGUCACUUUUCCUACUGACUAUUGGGCUCCCGCGCUUGACGUUAACGUACGUCGUCGCUGCUACAGUGUUGAGAAACCGCAAAAACGAGAACGUCUUCCAGCAUUUACAAUCCCAAACUCAAAAGACGCAAAGAGUGGUGAUAACAUGCCCUUUGUUUCAAGUCCUGUGGCUGCUCAAAGUGAAGACAAUCCUUUCACAAAAACCGACAUUUCGUCGACACUUAUGCAACGUCUUUUCGUGCAUGACUCAAAAUCACAGAGUAGCUCUCCAGUCGGAAGUGUAAAGGACGACGACGAUACCGAAGAACUGUUUGACACGACACCGGAUAAUAAAAUAAUGUUCAAGGACAUUCUUACUCCGAGACUUGACAUCGAUAAUAAAUAUUUGCCAACGAGAAGUGACUCGGGUUUUUUUAGUGACUCGGGAUGCAUGUUAGUUAAAAAAUAUGGUAUAUGUGAUAAAGGUUGUAUUGGGCAAGGUGCGACUGCAGUCGUCCGUUUAGCUCAUAAACUGGAUCAAUCGGACAAGGCGACAACAUAUGCUGUCAAGGAAUUUCGAAAAAAAAGAAAAAACGAAUCAGAAAAAGAUUACAUCAAAAAGUUAACCAGCGAAUUCUGUAUUAGCUCCGCACUUCAACAUGUAAAUAUAGUUAAAACUGUAGAUUUGGUUCAAGAUGACAAUCUCGCUUGGUGUGAAGUCAUGGAAUAUUGUGCUGGUGGUGACUUGUAUUCCGCAAUCAAAUCUGGUCAUAUGACUACAAUUGAAAUAAAUUGUUGUUUCAAACAACUUGUUCACGGUGUUGGAUAUCUACAUUCCCUGGGUGUAGCACAUAGAGACAUAAAACCCGAGAAUUUAUUGCUUGAUGACAAGGGUCAUUUAAAGAUUACAGAUUUUGGUAUCUCAGAAGUAUUUAGAACUUGUUGGCAAGAAGAUACACGUCUAUCCAAAGGAUUUUGUGGUUCUGGCCCGUACAUUGCUCCGGAACAAUUCGAUACAGAUAAAGAAUACGAUGCCCGACUUGUUGAUGUAUGGGCAUCUGGCAUUGUUUAUCAUUGUAUGAUCUAUCAAGGUAUUCCAUUCCGGACCGCGACUCCCUCCGAUCCAAAUUACGCAAACUAUCUAGAAACGAGAAACACUGGACAAUACGAACUGAUAGAAAGGCUCCCACGUGGCUGUCGUAACCUUUUGUACAAAAUUCUUGAACCGGAUGUCAAAAAACGGAUCACGAUUGAUCAAAUCAAGGAGAACAAUUGGUUCAAGUCUAUCGAAGUUUGUACCGAUUCUUCUGUUAUUCUUUCGCAUCCACAUAAUCAUAUUCCUCCAGAGUAUCUAAAAGAGAUUAAAGCAGCAAAUUCUUCCAACAACAAUAAUUUGAAAAAGUAA